ACACAUUUCCAAUUCCAUAGUUCAGCAGUAUUUCGGUCAUCCAGUCACACAGUGGCGCUGUAGUUCAGUAUAUGAUCGUCACUUCCGCUGCUGUAGUUUAGGACGGUCGUGUGCUGGCGGGAGCUUGCCUCAGUAAAGCCUUUUAAACCAAGUUAUUGCAAACCUUUUCUGACACUCGUCCUUAUUUAAACGCCAUGGCCGACAGCGAUGAUGAGUACGACCGCAGACGCAGAGACAAAUUCCGCAGAGAGAGGAGCGACUAUGAUCGUUCACGGGAGAGAGAGGACCGCCGCAGAGAUGACUGGAAUGACAGGCGGCCCUCGGCUAGAGAGUGGGACAGGGGCCGUGAGCGGCGCAGCCGAGGAGAGUACCGGGACUACGAGAGGGGCAGACGAGAGAGAUUUUCCCCUCCACGUCAUGACAUGAGCCCCCAGCAGAAGCGCAUGAGGAGAGACUGGGAUGACCAUGGAGGCGACCCAUACCAUGGUGGCUAUGAUCUGGGUUAUGGAGGCGGUGGAGGACCCAGCUAUGCCCCUCCUCAGCCGUGGGGUCACCCUGAUAUGCACCUCAUGCAGCCCCAUCAUGGCAUCCCCAUUCAGGCCAGGCUGGGAAACAUCCACGAUAUGGAUCUUGGUCCUCCCCCUCCUGUGAUGAAGACCUUUAAGGAGUUCCUGCUGUCUCUGGAUGAUUCUGUGGAUGAGACGGAGUCGGUCAAACGCUACAAUGAGUACAAGAUCGAUUUUAGGCGUCAGCAGAUGCAGGACUUCUUCCUGGCCCAUAAAGAUGAAGAGUGGUUCCGUUCAAAGUACCACCCGGAUGAGGCUGGGAGGCGCAAAGCAGAAUCCCACAGUGCUCUACAGAACCGGUUGAAUGUCUACAUGUAUCUCAUGGACAAUAACUGGUUUGACCCUGUCUCUUUGGACAUAGAGCGUGCUCCACAAAUCACCAAGAUUUUAGAUGCAGCCGUGAUAAAGAUGGAAGGAGGAGGGGAAAAUGACCUGCGCAUCUUAGAACUGCCCAAUGAGGAAGAGGAGGAGCGGGAGAGGGAGCGUGAGAGACUCUCAUCUGGUGGACCUGGUUCUGAACCUCCCAAACGGGAUGAGCCCAGGCCUGUGGAUGUUGAGCGCAAACCUUCUGUUGAAAAAGAUAAGAUGGGAGAGGGUGAUGAGGGGACAGAGAAGGAUGCAGCUGCUUCUGCAGGAGCGAGUGAAGGAGAGAAGACUGAGAAAGAAGCACCUGCCGAACCAAUCCCAGAACCCAAGAAGCUGAGUAAGAAGAGGAAGAGGAAGCACAGUGGAGACAGUGAAGAUGAAGCCAGUGCAUCUGAGAGCGAAUCCGAUUCUGACUCUGACUCGAACUCUCACUGCUCUGAGAAACCCUCCGAGAAAGAGAGAGAACCUGACGAGGGAGAGGAUAAGGAGGAAGAGGAAGAAGAGGAGGGGGAAGCCGCUGAUGUAAAGGAGCGGACGGAUGAACAGAAGGAAAGGGAGAAAGAAAAGGAGAAGAAGCCGAAGGAUGAUCAGCCUCCACGACCUCGACCUCUUCACAGGACCUGCUCUCUCUUCAUGAGGAGCAUCGCUCCAACCAUAUCUAAAGCGGAGAUCGUCGCUCUGUGUCGACGUUAUCCAGGAUUUAUGCGCGUUUGUUUGUCAGAACCACAGCCAGAGCGUAGGUUUUUCAGGCGUUGCUGGGUGACCUUCGACAGAAGUGUGAACAUCAAAGAGAUCUGCUGGAACCUGCAGAACAUCCGGCUGCGGGACUGUGAGUUGGCUCCCGGAGUCAAUCGAGAUUUGGCGCGUCGUGUGCGUAAUGUGAACGGAAUCACUCAGCAUAAGCAGGUUCUCCGUAAUGACAUCAAGAUGGCUGCUAAACUGAUCCAUGCACUGGAUGACAGGGAGAGGCUCUGGAGCCACAAACCCAGAGAAGAGACAGCCGCUCUAGAGAUCCCUGCUCAGAACCCCAUUUUGAAAAACAUCACUGAUUACCUCAUAGAGGAAGUGAGUGCAGAGGAGGAAGAGCUUCUAGGAAGUGCAGGAGGAGCCGAAUCCGAGGAUGGAUCCAAAGAGGGAAAUCCCACCGAGAUUACUGUGGAGAGAGAUGAAAAACUUGUCAAGGUGUUGGAUCGUCUCCUCUUCUAUCUGCGUAUCGUACACUCGAUUGAUUAUUACAACACCUGUGAGUACCCGAGUGAGGAUGAGAUGCCAAACCGCUGUGGCAUUAUCCAUGUGCGAGGGCCCAUUCCCCCCAACCGCAUCACUCACAGAGAAGUGUCUGACUGGCAAAAGACAUUUGAAGAGAAGCUGGGACACUUGUUCAGUGUGAAGGAAAGCCUGUCUGAAGAUGAGGCAGCGAAGAUGGGCCGCAAAGAUCCAGAACAGGAAGUUGAAAAGUUUGUGUUGGCCAACACACAGGAACUGGGCAAAGACAAGUGGCUUUGCCCUCUAAGUGGCAAAAAGUUUAAGGGCCCAGAGUUUGUGAGGAAGCACAUCCUAAACAAACACGGUGACAAGAUUGAGGAAGUAAAGAAAGAGGUGGUCUUUUUCAACAACUUUCUGAUGGAUGCAAAAAGACCCUCCAUCCCAGAGAUGAAACCACCACCCCCUCCAGGUCCAGGACAAGGAGUGCUUUCACCUGGAGGUCUCCCAUUCCCACCUCAGGCUCCUCAAGGUCUCAUGGGUUUUGGCCAGCCCAGACCUCCAGUUAUGGGUUAUGGAGGUGGACCUCCUUACCCACCUAACCAGUAUGGUGGAGGUGGCAGGGGCAACUACGACAACUUCCGCGGACAAGGCGGUUACCCUGGAAAACCUAGAAACAAUCGAAUGAUGCGCGGAGAUCCUCGCAAUAUCAUUGAAUAUCGUGAUUUAGACGCACCAGAUGAUGUGGACUUCUUUUAGAGCUCCAGUUUUAUUCUCUCCAUUUUAAUCCUUUUUUUACAGUUGUCUCAGCAUUUUCUUGUCCUUCAUUCCAGAAGCUGCCCAUUACUGUCUUUCUGUUCACUCAUGUAUUUUCAGUAGCGCUCCACCUGAAGUGAACGCAUGUCCUUUACGUUCUCAGUGUUAUAGAUUGAGCUUGUGCUUGUGGCCUUUUUUUCUUCCAAUAAAAUUUUGAUUUGGA